AUGGCACCUUUGAAUGCCCCAAAUCAUCUUCUGAAUGGGUUCAUGCUUAGGAUGUCAUUUGCGAUGGUGUCCUACUCCUCUGUCCUCACAGCUAUCAGUAAGUUUGAUGACUUUUCCCGUGACCUGUGUGUCCAGGCGUUGCUAGAUAUCAUGGACAUGUUUUGUGACCGACUAAGCUGUCAUGGCAAAGCAGAGGAGUGCAUCGGGCUGUGCCGGGCCCUUCUCAGCGCCCUCCACUGGCUGCUGCGCUGCACUGCAGCCUCUGCCGAGCGGCUCCAGGAGGGGCUGGAGGCUGGCACUCCAGCUGCGGGGGAGAAGCAGCUUGCCAUGUGCCUGCAGCGCCUGGAGAAGACCCUCGGCAGCACCAAGAACCGGGCCCUGCUCCACAUCGCCAAACUCGAGGAGGCCUCAUUGCAUACAUCCCAGGGACUUGGGCAGGGUGGCACCCGAGCCAAUCAACCAACAGCCUCCUGGACAGCUAUUGAACAUUCUCUCUUGAAGCUUGGGGAGAUCUUGGCCAAUCUCAGCAACCCCCAGCUCCGGAGCCAGGCUGAGCAGUGCGGCACACUCAUUAGGAGCAUCCCCACGAUGCUGUCCGUGCACUCCGAGCAGCCGAACAAAACUGGCUUCCCCACAGUCCACGCGCUGGUCCUGCUCGAGGGCACCAUGAACCUGACAGGCGAGACCCAGCCCCUGGUGGAGCAGCUGAUGAUGGUGAAGCGCAUGCAGCAUAUCCCCACUCCACUUUUUGUCCUGGAGAUCUGGAAAGCUUGCCUCGUGGGCCUCAUCGAGUCUCCCGAGGGUACGGAGGAGCUCAAGUGGACGGCCUUCACCUUCCUCAAGAUUCCACAGGUUUUGGUGAAGUUGAAGAAAUACUCUCAUGGGGACAAGGACUUUACCGAAGAUGUCAAUUGUGCCUUUGAGUUCCUGCUGAAGCUCACACCCUUGCUGGACAAAGCUGACCAGCGCUGCAACUGUGACUUUACAGACUUCCUCCUUCAGGAAUGUAGGAAGCAGGGGCUUCUGUCUGAGGCCAGUGUGAACAACCUGAUGACCAAGCGUGCAGCAGACCGGGAGCACGCACCCCAGCAGAAAUCAGGAGAGAACGCCAACAUCCAGCCCAAUCCUGGGCUGAUCCUCCGAGCGGAGCCCACUGUUACCAACAUCCUCAAGACGAUGGAUGCAGACCACUCCAAGUCCCCGGAGGGGCUGCUGGGGGUCCUGGGCCACAUGCUGUCUGGGAAGAGUCUGGACUUGUUGCUGGCUGCAGCCGCUGCCACUGGGAAGCUUAAGUCCUUCGCCCGGAAAUUCAUCAAUUUGAACGAGUUCACGACACACGGCAGCGAAGAAAGCACCAAAUCGGCCUCCGUCCGAGCCUUGCUCUUCGACAUCUCCUUCCUCAUGCUGUGCCACGUGGCCCAGACCUAUGGCUCCGAGGUGAUCCUGUCUGAGUCGAGCGCAGGGGCAGAGGUGCCCUUCUUUGAGACCUGGAUCCAGACCUGCAUGCCCGAGGAGGGCAAAAUCUUGAAUCCUGACCACCCCUGCUUCCGGCCGGACUCCACCAAAGUGGAGUCCCUAGUGGCCCUGCUCAACAACUCCUCCGAGAUGAAGCUGGUGCAGAUGAAUUGGCACGAGGCCUGUCUCAGCAUUUCAGCCGCCAUCUUGGAAAUCCUCAACGCCUGGGAGAACGGGGUGCUGGCCUUCGAGUCCAUCCAGGUAGCCCUCCCCUUCUACAAUGAGAGGGUGGUGAUCAUGAGCUCGAUCCUGGAGCACAUGUGUGCUGACGUGCUGCAGCAGACGGCCACGCAGAUCAAGUUCCCGUCCACGGGCAUGGACACGAUGCCCUACUGGAACCUGCUGCCCCCUAAGCGACCCAUCAAGGAGGUGCUGACAGACAUAUUUGCCAAGGUGCUGGAGAAGGGGUGGGUGGACAGUCGCUCCAUCCACAUCUUUGACACCUUGCUGCACAUGGGAGGCGUCUACUGGUUCUGCAACAACCUGAUUAAGGAGCUGUUAAAGGAGACGCGGAAGGAGCACACACUGCGGGCGGUGGAGCUGCUCUACUCCAUCUUCUACCUGGACAUGCAGCAGGUGACCCUGGUCCUGCUGGGCCACAUCCUGCCUGGCCUGCUCACCGACUCCUCCAAGUGGCACAGCCUCAUGGACCCCCCUGGCACCGCACUCGCCAAGCUAGCCGUCUGGUGUGCCCUGAGUUCCUAUUCCUCCCACAAGGGACAGGCAUCUUCCCACCAGAAGAAGAGACACCGUGAAGACAUCGAGGACUACAUCAGCCUCUUCCCCUUGGAUGACAUGCAGCCCUCGAAGCUGAUGCGCCUCCUGAGCUCCAAUGAGGAGGAUGCCAACAUCCUUUCCAGUCCCGCCGACCGGUCCAUGAGCAGCUCCUUGUCAGCCUCCCAGCUCCACACAGUUAACAUGAGAGACCCACUGAACCGAGUCCUGGCCAACCUGUUCCUGCUCAUUUCCUCCAUCCUGGGCUCGCGGACGGCGGGCCCCCACACGCAGUUCGUGCAGUGGUUCAUGGAGGAGUGUGUGGACUGCCUGGAGCAGGGCAGCCGGGGCAGCAUCCUGCAGUUCAUGCCCUUUACCACCGUAUCGGAACUGGUGAAGGUGUCAGCCAUGUCCAGCCCCAAGGUGGUUCUGGCCAUCACGGACCUCAGCCUGCCCCUGGGCCGCCAGGUGGCUGCCAAGGCCAUUGCUGCCCUCUGAGGGGCUUCGAAUGGCCACAAGGCCCCGCAGGGAGGGUCUAGCCCCAGGCGCCUCGAAAGGGAACAGUGCGGAAAGAUGAGGAAUCAUUGCUCACAUCCACAUGAUGUAAGCCCUUUGCCAGCUUCCAGAUCCCUCCCCGUCCCUGACUUCUGGCUGCUAAGAUGCCCCCCAUCUCUUCCAUCAUUUCCUCUCCCUGCUGCCAGCACCUGAUGAGUGUGAGCAGCCUGGCUCCUUAGCUCAGGAUGGUCUCCCCGCACCGCACCCGCUCCUGUGCUCCCUGCCUCCUCCCAAGAGGCACUUAGGUGCGGAGUGUGCAUAUGUAUGUAUCUGUGUAUUUAAACAUGUUUGCAACACAUGAGGGACGUUCACGUCAGCUCACUUGUAAAUAAAGAUCCUGUGGAUCCCUUUGUAAGUGC